AUGAACUCUUCAAAAUUGUCUCAGAUUGUACCACAAGCAGCAUCAGUAUUGGGUCAACCAGAUCAAUUUAAAAUGGUUACUCGAUUAUCAUCAAUGUCAGCUGACAAAUCUGCAUCGAAAAUUCAAGCUGCAUUUCGUAAUCAUCAAGCUCGACUUAAAUUAAAAAAACAAGCAGCAUGGCAAAUACAUGAAAAACUUGAAUAUUCUAGUGAACAAACUCAAGCAAAACUUAAAGAUAUGUUUGAAAGAUUACUCAAAUCGUCUGAUUUACUUUCACCAUCUGUUGCAAAAUCACUUCAAAAAGCUGGAUUACCUGUAGAAGAAAAAGAACUUUUAAGAUUAACAAAUCCUGAUAAUAUUCCUGUUGAACAUACUUAUCAAGGACCACGUAUCGAAGGUCCAAUUACAAGAAAGACAUUUGUAGAUUUAAUUGAAGCUUUUCAACAUGGACAAGUUUUACAUGAAAAAUAUGUUUGUCAAAUUCUUCAUCAAGCACGUGCUAUACUUAAAACUUUACCAAAUUUUAAUCAUAUUGAUCUAUCUAAUUUACAUCAUAUAUAUAUUAUUGGUGAUCUUCAUGGACAAUUAGCUGAUUUAUUACAUAUAUUUAAUGCGAAUGGUCUACCUGCAACUGACAAUUCAUAUAUAUUUAAUGGAGAUUUUGUUGAUCGAGGUCGAAAUUCAGUUGAAGUUCUUCUUUUACUUUUGGCUGCAUUGAUUGUUUUUCCAAGUUCAGUCUUUCUUAAUCGAGGUAAUCAUGAAGAUAUAAUGGUUACAGUUCGAUAUGGUUUUCAAAAUGAAGUUAAUCAAAAAUAUCCGGCACGUAAAACACCAUUACUCGAUUUAUUUAAAGAUAUAUUUAGUUGGUUACCAAUUUAUUCAUAUGUCGAUGCAGGAAAACCUAAAAUUAUGAUAGUACAUGGUGGAAUAUCUGAUCGAGUUAAUUUAAAAAAAAUAAAUACUCUUACAAGAAAUCGAUAUGUUUCAAUUGAAGUACAACCAGAAUCUAAAAGUGGUGGUAAACGAUUAACUCCUGAUGAAGAUAGUGAAUAUCGUCAAAUACAAGAUUUAUUUUGGAGUGAUCCAGAUCCUCAUAAUCGUCAAGGUUGUAGAAAAAAUGAUGCAAGAAAGAUGGCUUGUUUUUUUGGUCCAGAUAUAACAGAACAAUUUCUUAAUAAAUAUAAUCUUUCAAUGCUUAUACGUUCACAUCAAGUUAAACAAGAAGGUUAUGAAUUUACACAUGAUCGUAAAGUUUUAACAGUUUUUAGUGCAUCAAAUUAUUGUGGUGGAUCUAAUUGGGGUGCAGUUGUACGAUGGGAUUAUAAUGAACAAGAGCCAUGGUUAAUUCAAUAUAAAACUGAAUCUGUUGAAAUGGAAAAAUUAAGUUUUAAUAAACAAGUAACAUUAUUUGAAGAUCCAGUUUAUCAAUCAUUAGUGGAAAAAAUUAUGACAAAUAAAAGUUCACUUCAAAAAGAAUUUGAAAAAGCAGAUAAAAAUAAAACUAAGCAUUUACCAUUAACAGUUUGGUCUGAAAUUAUGGCCACUGUACUUCAAAUUGAUUUACCUUGGCUUACAUUACGUUCAAAACUUGUACAAGAAGAUACACAAGGAAUUCUUUAUAAUACUAUGUUUGAGGGAUACAUUUUAGAUAAUACAAAACUUCAAAUGUCUAAUCCCGGUAUUAUGGAAGAUUUAUAUAUGUGGAAAGAUAUGCUUAUGUUAUUAUUUAAUUUAAUAGAUUAUAAUCAUUCAGGUUUUAUAAGUCGUAAUGAAUUUUCUGAUGUUGUUAAACUUUUACUUCGUGGUGAAAAUGGCACCGGUGAUGUAAAUGAAGCAUAUAUUGAAGAACUUAGCUCUGCUAUGGAUUUAGAUAAAAAUGGAAAAAUUGAUAUUAAUGAAUUUCUUGAAAGUUUUCGUAUUGUAAAUGUGAAGGAUGCAGGAAAAUCGAAUCAACAAACAAAUUUACCAAAGAAAAAAGUUCAAAAUACUAACUUUUAA